AUGACGCAUGCGGGGGCAGGGUCUCUGCCACGCUAUAGAAAGAGCCUUCACGCGCUUUCCUCGGUUCCUCUGUUUCGGAGAAUGACGAUGAGGCUUCACGGCAGAAUAGCUUUGGCACUGGUCCUCGUGUGUUUGCUGGGGGACAAUGUACUUGGAGGCAGAUACCACUCGUUGAAAUGUAGACCUGAUGGCAAAAAUGCCAAUUGUGUCGAAAAGAAAGACAUCAGAGUCCACAGCAACAAAGUGGAGGCAGUUGAUCUGUCUGGCGAGGCCUCUGGUGACCUAGGCCCCAUGAAUGAUCUGACACAGGAGCUACCUGAAACAGAGGAGCAAAGUCUGGAGGUGGAGAGCAGUGGUGAGACUAGUUAUACCAACGAGAUAAUGCCUCAGCAAAUGAAGCCACAGCUGUCAGAAGAUGAUUUGAAACAGGAUAACAUGAUUCAGUAGAAGACCGUAAUGUGCCAGUUUUUCAGCUUGCUUUCUUGUAAGGACUUUCAAGUUUAUAUGCCUUGAAGUAUUGUAUACUUCUCAGCAUAUUGUAUGCUGAGAAUUAUAGUUUAAUUAAACAUAUAAUUAAGUACACAUUAAUUUAGAUAAUUAUUUUAUACCAAUGAAGAUUAUUAUUUUUUAAAGAAUUUCUGUGUAAUUUGCCAUUACACUUUAUAUACAUUACACUUACAUAGUAUGAGGAUAUUUUUAUAGUGUCCACCAACAUAAGAUACAUGUGUUGAGCUGAAUUUGUGAAAAUAAAAAUAUUUAAUAUUUAAAUAAUUAUUUAAAGAAUAUUUCAGGAUGUAAUUACAAUUGGAUGAAUACUGCUAAUCAGAAGAAAUACUUGCAUAAAAUGGACAUAAAUAUGUUUUUGAAAUUUUAAGUUUUUGUAUUUUUAUGAAUGCUUUUUUGUGGUGGAUGUUUUAGAACCAACUGAUGCCAUGCAGUUUCUCCAAGUUUUUUUAAAAAAUUGCAUGAUAUUACUGUAAUCUAUUAUCAUCAAGUUAACCAUAGCCUAAAAGCCAGAAAGUGGGGAAUAACCAGAUUCUGUACCAUAAUUCUAUUGUCUACUUUUAACAAAGUUGUAUUCAACUGCAUUUCAUCUUUUAUUAAAACAUCUUAAGAACUGUC